AUGGGCAAAUAUAUAGCUCGACACAGCGAAAAUACACAAGUGUUAUACAAGAAAUCUAAUAUUACAUGUAACACUUUUUCUAAAACAUGUUCAGAAGGCUCUCAGUUUACUAAAAGCUCUAUAUCUAAAAUCAAGAAGAAUGUCUCUAAAAGUAAUAUUUAUUAUACAGACGGUAAGACAAUUAAAAGAGAUCUCUGCAUCGAAACUGGUAAUUGCAUCCUUAGAAGAUACUUCAAAAGGAAAAGAGCCAAACUUUCUGGGUAUGAUGAAUCAUCUGUUAAAAGUAAACGUACCAUCCAAUUAGAAACAGAUGACUUUAGUGAAGAGUUCAAACCAGAUACUGUAGCCUCUGGAGAUAAUGAACACAGAUGUGAAACUGUGAAACAUAACCAACGAGGUGAUAUUACAUCAUUGAUGUUGGAAAACCUUAAAAGUCUUCUUAACGAUUGGAUUUGUAAGCACGUUUUUGAAUAUGACGAAACGAAACAAAAACUCAUCCAAAUAUUUGAUUCAAUAAUGCAUAGUAUAGAGAAUAAAAUUUCAGAAGCUCCUUCGUCUUGUUCAACAUAUGUUUUAGAAAGGAAUGGAGAAAGAUGCAAGGUGCGAAAUAGAAAAAUAGAAACAAACUCUUUAAUUUGCCAGUAUUGUAAACAGAAGCAAACUUCAUUAAUUGUUGGAAAGAAUAGUAGUAUUUUAUAUAAAAAAUAUUCACAUUUUACAGUACCGGUUCCUUGUAAACGUUUAAGGAUAAUUUCCACACUCAGUAUACCUCGAAAUAUGCAUAAAAAUAAGAAAACAAAAAAACAUGAAAUCAAAUCUAACGAGGUGCGGAAAAGCAAUGGAGACAAUUCAAUUGGUGCAAAUAAUAACUGCAAACCGAACCCUGAUAAAGUACAUAGAAAGAAACAUAAUAAAAUGCGAGGCAUUAUAAUAUUCCCAGACGUGAAUAUCCCGCUCUAUGAAAGUACAACUGAUUGUACAUCCUCAUCAGUAAAUAACAUAGUCGAAAAACUUGUCGAUAUAGAAACAGAUGAUGUUUACGUGGAACCGAAUCAAAGUUUACUAAAAAGUAUUUACGAAAACAAUCCUGCGAAUACUGAAAAAAUAACUGAGUGUGAAAACAAAAACGAUAUUUUUACUAUGAAAAGGAUAAAUUUCACCCAUACAAUGAGUAGCACAUCAAAUAAAAAAAUUCAUGAGUCACAUAAAGAAAUCAAAGACACUGUAUGCGAGUCACGGAAAUUUCAGAAAAGAAAUAAAAUUAGUGCUGAUUCCAAAUUUACCCGUGAUAAUUGUCAUUCAAAACGAAUUAGAAAAUAUGGUACCACUAGAACAAAAACACCAAUAAAAUGCAAGAAACUGUACUAUAAGCCAAGAGAUAAAGGAAAGUGCAAAAAUGAGCAGUUAAAAUUUGACAAUAUUAAAUAUCGAAAAUUUACCUAUCUAUAUAGGAAGACAAAUCGUAAUAUAUAUACUAAAGAUUUUUUCAAUCACAUACGUAAUAUAUUAAGAUAUUUUUCAGCAUACAAAGGAAAAAGAAAUAUCAAACUGGAAGUUCAUGUUGAUGUAUACCCAUCUAUUGAGGUCGAACGACAAAUAUCCAAUAUUAUAAAAAAACCGUCAAAUAAUUUUGAAUUAAACAUUUCCCCAACAAGUAUUUUUAAUACUGAACCAAUAUUGUUAAGUGACUUAUUAGAAUCCGGCUUAAGAACUAAUGUCCCAAGAGCUGAAUCAAUACCAGAAAUAGUACCAUUACUUGAUGGCGCCACAAGCCAAGUUAAGUAUGUAUUUAGAAGUAAUAAUUCCACAUCUAUUUGCAAGUCUGAAGAUGUUAAAAUAAAAUCUGUUAACGAAUGUGGCACUGUAAUGUCAGGCUUAGAAGUAUGUAAAGAACUAAGUGAAUUAAAGGGUAUUUUACGAGACUUGUCGACUACUACUGAGAAAAUUGUUGUUGAACAUUUAAGGAGAAAAAUAACUAAAAAUAAUACAAGACAUACUUCUGUGGCUACGGAGGCCCCUAUAAAUGAAAAGAAAGUGAUUCCAAAACAAAAGUCAGAAUCAAAGGGUAUUCAAUUGUCAAAUAUUCCUCGUUCUAGUCAACUGACAUCAGGAUUGAAAUUAUUUAAAGAACCAAAAAAAAUUGAAGAGACUAGUAACAAAUUAAAGAAACCUAGUUCGUCCUAUCACGUGAUUGAGAGUGAAUCGAUAAUAAGAGUAACAGAUAUGACUUCUGCCCUUGCGAAAUCUAAACUUCAUGUAAAUAAGUCUCGUUCACCGCAUAAAUCAAAUUCUUCAUUAAAUACGACUAAAAGGAUUAAAGAUAAAAAUAGAAGAACUUUAGCAUUUUUUUACAACGAACGCAAGAAAAAUAAAAGAUAUCACGAUCAUACUCAAAGCAGCAAGAAAAUCAUAAAGUGCUCUUCCCCACAAAACCUAUCAUUUAGGGCUAGUCCUAUGUACAAACAAAGGCUCGGUGAAAGUAUCGUAUUACCUGUACAACUUAAGAACUGCAAGACUAAUUCAGAUCAUGACUUCGUACCUGAAAUACCUCCCACCUCAGAUCAUGAUUACAUAUGCGGACUACCAAGUUGUUCAUCAGUUUGCAUAGAAAUUGAUAAUAAACCAACGCUAACUGUAAAAAGUAAAGAUAAUUUAACUUUUUUCGAAGGCUGUAUAUAUUGCGUUCUCCUUUGGAUACCACUUAUCAUUCUGAUUUAUUUCUUUUACGAUUAUGUAUUGAAAGAUCUUUUAAAACCAUCGAAAAAUUCAAAAACUCCAGAAGGCAGUUCAUCAGAAAACGAAAAACCUCCAAAUAUAUCACAGUUUUUACUGAAACUCUCCGAUUUCGGGUUUUGA